AUGAUCACUACUGAAGAGAAUUUCCCGAAUGACAGCCAUUGUGACACAUUACAAUCUGAAGCAAACAACGAAUUGAGUUCACAGCUACUUUCCGAACCACUUUUGGACCAGAAUGAGGUUCCGAAUGAUGAUACCUCCAACAACAGCAAUGGCGAUUACCCUUCCGCGUCGCGACUUUUAUUCUUCCGAUCCAUUUAUUUCUUAAGUGGGCUAUCCAGUGCAACCUGGGGAAGAUUUGCAGUCAUUUAUUACAACCAAGUAAAACACCUGUCAUCGGAACAGAUUGGAGUUCUUCAAGGUCUACUGCGCCUGAUGGGGUUUGUGACUUUGCCACUCUGGGGAUAUGUGGCAGAUAUGAUUCAAUCGCGCAAGAAAGUUUAUCUCUUUUGCAAUACCAUGUCUGUGGUUUCAUUAUUGCUACUGUCGCGAGCACAAAAUUUCCUUACGAUUCUAUGUUGUGUCAUUGGCAUGGCAUCCUUCAAGUCGUCGGGUGUGCUGGAUGCACAUACUCUUGAUUUCUUGGGUGAAAGGCAUCGCGGAAUGUAUGGGACAAUUCGAAUGAUGAUGGCUAUCAGUUGGGGUUUGGGAGCCGUCAUAAUGGGUUGGAUUACAGAUAAAUAUGGUUUUGAUUGGAACUUUGGGUUAUUUGGUGGAAUGAUGACAACAGUUCUACUCCUCACGGCAUUUGGCUUGCCAUCGAAGAGUCAGAAAGAACAAGAAAGAUACGACAAUAUGAACCGUUCUCAUAAUGAUGAUGGUCAAGAAGAAGAAGAAGAAGAGGGGAUAGUCUCAAGCUCCCCUCAACUGUCCACCUUGUUCGCAUCGAUCUUUCGCUUCCCAGUGCUGCUUUGGCUCACGGAAGUUGCUGUUAUUGGCUCGGGGAUGAGCAUAGUCGAAACUUUCCUCUUCGUUCAUAUGCAAGACGACCUUCAAAGCACUACCACGCUUUGCGGUUACUCGGUUGGUGUGACGGUAUUGUUGGAGGUUCCAAUUUUUCACAACUCCAAAUAUCUUCUUAAGGAAUGGGGCCAUGACAAGCUAUUCAUGAUUGCCAUGAUAGCAUACAUCAUCCGCGCAUUUGGUUACACUAUGCUCACGACUUCCACCGUUCACUGGGUGCUAGCUCUGGAAAUCUUCCACGGUAUCACGUUUGGCUGCAUGUGGAUUGCCAGUGUUGAUUUUUCGGCAAGAGUUGCUCCCGAAGAAUGGUCGACUACCUUUCAAUCUGUUCUCUCCAUGACCAUGUCUUGUAUUGGUGGCGGAAUAGGCCCUAUUGUUGGAGGCAUAGUCAUGGAUCAUUUUGGAGUCAAUCUCAUUUUUCAAGCAAUGGGAGUGGUGGUCCUUUGUGUGGCCUUGAUGCACUUGAUUGUUUGGCAAGGGUUUGGUGGCGGCCACGACGCAUUUCUGAGCAGCAUCGUGGAAUCAGAGUCAGAGUAG